ACCGCCAUUAUAUUUCAUCCACCACCACCUCUCGUUGCCGUCAGUUUCCUUCAACCUCUUUCUCUCUGUCAUCAUCUUCUUCUCCACUCCAACCUCUCUUCCAUGGCCGCCCCUCCUUCAUCUUCUUCAAACCCUAACACAAACGACAAUGAACCCAGCUGUCUAGCGGCCAACACCACCCCCACCACCUUCUUCGUCCAAGCCGACCCAUCCAACUUCCGAGCGGUGGUCCAGAGACUCACCGGAGCGCCCCAGGAUCCGGCGACGCAGAAGCUCCCCGUCACGGCUCGCCUCGCCGGAAAGCCCGUGGCAGGCGAGAUUAUGGGCAUUAUGAGGAGAUCGGUCUUCAGGCUUCACGAGCGGAGGCAGAGCGGCGCCAGGAACCUGGAGAUCAAGCUCGGCGGCGGCCUGCAGCGGAGCUUCGGCGAGGAGGCGUCUCCGGUGUCGCCGCUGGAGAUGAUGGAGGAGGAGGAGAGGGCAAUCGCAGAGAAGGGUUUCUACUUGCACCCGAGUCCACUCAGUACGCCUAGAGGCUCUGACCCGGAGCUCUUGCCUUUGUUCCCUCUCCACUCUCCCACCUAUCAACACCAUUCAUCAUCAUCUUCUUCUUCUUCUUCUUCUUCUUCCACUUAACUUAAACCGUUCAAAUUUCAAACCCGUUUGAGUUAUGUUUCCGGUAGACUGUAGUUUGGUAGGUAGAAAGAGGGUUUAGUUUAUUAUGAUUUGAAAAGUAAUUAUACAUAUGUAUCAUAUUUUCAUGUGAUCCUCGGACUUUAAUUCUUUCAUGAUUAAAGUGUUGGAUUAAUUAUUAUGACUCAUUAGU